AUGUCCUCCCUCGACAUCUUCCCCCCGGAGCUCCUCGAGUGCAUCAUCAGCCAUCUACCCUCCCCGGACCUCAAAUCCCUACGUCUAACAUGCCACGCUGUAAACGACCUGGCCACUCGCUGGGUAUUCCGCAGGGUCUACAUCUGUAUUGACUCGGUCCGAAACAAUACCAUCCAUCACGAGCGCGAGGGCUUCAAAGAGCUCGUCGACAAAUACGCCCCCUUCAUUCGCGACCUCGAAGUCGACGGUGGAGACGGCAACCGAAUAGAAUCCAUGUGUCCAUUCGAAGUCGCCCCAUUUCUCCAGCCCAUGCUCUUCUUAGAAACGCUCAGCAUGACCGGCCCCACCGGUUACUGGUUCCAAGCACAUGGUGGGUAUCUCAUGGGGCCAUUCGAGACCCUCAUGCUCCGUGCUAGCCUACUCACCCCGUCGGCGGAGAGGAUCUUCCCGCGACUGCGGUCGUUAAAUCUAUGUAUCUGGGAAGGAGGAGACGAGGACUGGUUUCUCGACAACCUGGGGGUUCUCUUCAUUAUCCCCUCAUUGGAGAACCUCCAGCUCGAGACGCUAGUUCUAAGUCAUCACGAUCCAAAGCUCCCCGCAGCUUUUGAUCUUGAUCGACAACGGACAAACCUCAAGUCCUUGACGAUCACAAACUCAUAUAUCAAUAUCACGGCACUAGAGAAGAUUCUGUCUAUGCCCCGGUCGUUGACCUGUCUGCAGCUUCAUCAUCGCGACUCGCGUGACUAUUAUCGCCCUGAGGACUGGCGCGAGUUUUCCCGCCCCCCGCAAGACCUGUAUCGAGCUAUUUCGCAGCAACGGGCGUCGCUUGAGACGUUGGCUGUGGAUUGGGACUUGGAGAGCGUGCGAGGGUACGGGCUUGAUUUGUCGGUUGAGCGGUUUCCGCAGCUGCGCAGUUAUGAUGGGACUUAUCCGGAUUCUUCGAGGAGGUUUUGA